CUUGAGGGGGGUGGCAUGGAGGAGGGCCAUGCUUUCCUCGUGACAGGCCCGCCCUGGCCUUGGAGGAGGGGGCGGGGGUUGGAGCCCUAUAACUGGGAGAGGCCCCUGAGCCAGGGUCCUACUCGGCCCGGAGAGGAUCUGAGCAGCACUGAGGGAGCCCCACCGAGCAAGCCAAGACCAAGCCAGCCCAUCGCCAGCAGAGCUCCGAAGAUGAAGUUCCUCUGGGCCUUGUGGGCCCUGGCCCUCUUGACUGGCUGCCAGGGGGAGGAGGCCAAAGCUCCUUUGGAGGAGCAGGAUGCAGGCCCAGAGCUCUGGAACUCGGAGCCAGCCCGGGCCUGGGAGGUAGCCAUGGGCCGAUUCCGAAGCUACCUGGACCAACUACAAGCCCGGGCGGAGGACCUGCAGAGUGAGGUGCAAAGCUCCCAGAUAGUAAAGGACCUAAGGGGUCUUAUGACAGACACUCUGACGGAGCUGAACGCCUACAAGGCCGAGAUAGACCAGGAGCUGAACCCCAUGGCCGAGGAGACCCGGGCGCGGCUGGCCAAGGAGCUGUCGGCAGCCCAGGCCCGCCUGGGAGCCGACAUGGAGGACGUCGGGGCCCGGCUGUCCCAGUACCACCGAGAGUUCCAAGCCGUGGUCAACCAUAACAUGGAUGAGGUCCGAAACCGGGUGUCCGCCUACCUGCGGAAAAUGAGAAAGCGAAUCGGCCGGGACUACGAGGAACUGCAGACCCGCAUGACCACGUACCAGGCCGGAGCCAAGGAAGGCGUGGAGCGAGGCCUCGGAACCCUGAAGGGUCUGGUCCCCCUGCUGGAGCGGGCCCAAGAGCAGAGCAAGAAGAGAAUGGCCAACCUGGGCACCGCCGCCGGGGAACGGCUGCAGAGCCACCUGGACCAGGUGCGCAGUCAAAUCGAAGAGGCCAAGGCCAAGGUGGAGGAGCAGUCGGCCCUGCUGGAGGCCCAGCUCCAGGGCUUCCACGACCGCCUCAAGUCCUGGUUCGAGCCCCUGGCCUCCGACCUGCAGCGCCAGUGGGCGGCCCUGGUGGAGAAGGUGCAGGAGGCCGUGAAGCCCAACGCCAAGCUGCCAGACACCCUCACCAGUGACAACUGAAGAGAGCCCAGAGCCCUCCCGUGGGGGACCCUCCACUUCUCCCUCUCUCCUGCCUGGGGACCUCCCUUCACUAUCCACCAGUGGGCCCCUCUGCCCGCUGUCACUCACCCCGCAUGUCCACGGGGCUGGUUGCUGCACCCCAUGGCUCUUCCUGCCUCUACUACCCUUGGGAAAAUGGGGGGGGGGGGACUCCAUGUAGACUAGGCCAACAAUAAACAGCUUGCUUGUGUACCAGCUA